GAGAGAGAAAGAGAGAGAGUGGACGGUAAGCAGUGUGCUGUCUGUCUCUCAGAGUGUCUGUGUCUUUCUCCUGCAGUGAUGGCCAAGUUCAAACUAAGCCAGUGUGUCUACAUAAGAGUCAGUGUGGCCAUAGUAACUCUACUGCCCAUUUGCAUAACAGUGGUGAGGCACGGCCAACUGGAGCAAAGAGAAAAACGAAGCAUUCUAGCAUCAACAGAGAUUCCGGCGGAAUACAUUGACCCUGCCUCCAUAGACCUCACUCCGUUAGUAAACACACUCAUCAAUGCUGCACACAAAGGGUCCCAGCAUCUGUUCUCUGUUCUGAGUGUCACGUCACACAGCUCUAUUGCGCUGCACAAACUCACCCUGCUGGUCUACAACAUUUCUGAUUUUCAGGACAUUGAGAGCAGUUUGUUUCCCAUGAGAUACUGCUACUGUGUGACAAACAAAACCAAUGACCUCACAGAUUUUACAGCUAUCCUGUUGGAUGUGAUGGGGAACUCGACUAGUUAUUUACAGGAGCUGUUCAAAUCCAGCUCUAUCCUCUCAGUUAGCCAGAAGAACAGCUCAGACUGCAUCUACAUCUGUGUAAUGGCUGGAAAAACAGACAGAGAUCUGUCGCAGCUGUGGGAUUCUGUUCCUCCACUCUUCAACCACACCAUUAUAGAGGACACACACAAAGGUACCCCUAAAUCUUCUACCCUAUCCCCUGCUGUUUCUAUAGCCACGCAACCCUCAGUUGUCACCAUGACAACUACACCUGUUGUUUCCACUGUAACCGAACAUUCUGCUGUUGCUUUGAGAACUGUGGAUACCAGCGGCCCCAUGUCAACUGUGCAAAGUACCUCCGAAACCAUACCAACUACUGUUCCCAUAACACCCGUGCCUUCUAGUGUUAGCAUGGCAAUAAAACGACCCACUCCUGUACCGAUGACAACUCGGCCUACUACUGAUACCACGACAACCACUCCAGCUACCACCAAAGGUCCGCCAACAGACAAACCAGGUUGCCCAUGGAGAUCAGAACUUUUCUAUAGAGGAAGUCAGAGAGAGGACCUUAAGGAUACUCUGAAUGAGGACCUGAGUGGAGACAGUCCAACGGUCAGCGCGAUAAAGCUGCAGCCAUGUGUGUUCGAGCUGUGCAAGUUUUUCUCCCAGUGCCUCUGCAGAGGGUACAGCCACAAAACCUCUCUGCAGAGCUAUUGCAUAGACAGCCAUUUCUGGUAUGAAAAGCACACAGUAGAGGUCUGCAGUCGUGUGAGAAGAGUCGCCUUCUCCAGGAAUCUGAAGCAGAAGUGCCUGGCAAGGAUGUGUGUGAAGAUGUGA